AUGGGCAUUUCUCUGGUCCUCGAGAGGAAGACGACCCCGUCGGCGGCGGCGCCGCGGCAUCAGGAGCAGGACAUGGAGUACUGGAGAAGCUCGCCGAGGACGGGCUUCUCCAAGACGGGCAACGUGGUGGCGCGUCUGAUGGGGCUCGACCAGAUCCCCGAACCGACCCCCUCUCGCAGUUCCGACGGCUACAGCAGCCAAGAACAGCUCUCGUCCCUUCGAGUGGCGACGUUCCACAAGCAACGGAGGGAGACCGCCGCCGUUACGCCGCCGCCGCUGAGGCACCCGUUGCGGCCGAGGAACUGCGACUUCCUGGUGGCGCCGCCGGAGGACGCCAGGCACGGCACCCGCUCCCUGCCGGACACGCCGAGAAUGUCGUCGGCGAGGAAGUCCUGGGACGCCGACCCGAGGCUCUCGCUCCAGCUCUCCUUCAAGGAGAACGUUGCCUUCGCUCUGGGGGAGGGCAACGCUUCCUUUCUGUCCCCUUCAUCUCUGUCGGCCAAGUCCAAGAGGAGGAUCUCCAGGCUGCAGCAGGACGAGAACAGGAGCCCCAGGCAGUACGCCAGCGAUAUCAUGAAGCAGGUGAAGGAGAGCGUCACCCGGAGAAUCGCCGGCAGGAGCUUCGAGGAUCCCCCGGCGGGAUCGACCGGACAGAAGACGAAAGCCUUCUGCCACGAGAAUGGGAGACAGAUCUGCUCUUCCACUGCACCACCUUCGUGUUCUCCUCGUCUCCGAGCCCUCGACUCGCCCAAGAACAAGCCCGCUUCUCCGGCUCCUCCUCCUCCGCCGCCGCCUCUUCCUCUCUGCCGUCCCUCCUCCCCGCACCCGCAGCGCAUGGACAGAGAAGUGGCGAAAGCGGCCUCCGGCAAGAGCAGGAAGCCCAGAUCCGAAUGGUUCAUGGAGAAGAUGAGGAAGUCCCCGGCUGUAGCAGCUCGCGAAGAAUCCUUUCUCUCGCCGCCGUCGUCGCCGCAGCCCCGGAAGAAAUGCCGGUCUUCCUCCCCGGCCUUCGUCCCCGGCAUCCGAAAGGAGGCACUCACUUUCACCUCUCUCUCACCGCCACCGUCGCCGUCGCCGUCGCAGCAAACCAGCGCACCGGCGGCGCCGCGGCUGCGGCACACCAGGGGCCAGUUACGCAUCUCCGACGAUGGCGACAGCCGGGCUCGGAGGAGUAGUAACUCCUCAGUGCUAGGCCCUGAGGAGUACCUCUACGUCAGAUGCGUCCUGGGGAGAACUGGAGUUCAGAGCCACACGCCGCUGUCCUCCGCCGCCGCCAGGUGGUACUCCCCGUCCCACCCGGUGGAUCCUAUCGUGUUUCAUCAGCUAGAAAGGUCGUUCAACAGGUCCUCCGGCUCCCUGCGGCAGCGCUGCAACCGGAAGCUCCUCUUCCACCUCGUGGACGAGGUACUGGCGGAGCUUCUCUGGCAGCCGCGAGAACCAUGGCGGCGGCGUAUCACCGACGGCGAGUCCCUCAUGCAGAGCGUGUGGUCGCGGAUACGGAACUUCUCAGCCGCCAGUUGCCGGGCGGCGCCGCCGGACGUGGACGCCCUCGUUGAGGCGGACCUCCCCGCCGUCAACGUGCGGCGGCUCCUGCUGCACCCCGCCGUGUCCCAGGAAGCCGAGUCCGUCGCCGUCGAGUUGGGGACGUCCAUCCUUGAUUCGCUCGUUGCUGAGGCCGCCGCCGCCUUGCUGACGCCAUCACAGAGUCGGAUCGGCUCGGCCCACGAGGGUCAGCGGCUCACAUGA